AUGAAUAUAUUACUGUGGAAUAGCAUUGAUAUCUGGAUACCUAGCUAUGUAUUCAAUGAUAAUUCCUACAUUUCCUGGUCCAAUUUUCCAUAUUUUUUAUUAAUUUUUCUCACGAUUUUCACAUGUUUUUCUAUGUGUUUUUUCAUGAUUUUUAUCUUUUUUGAAUGUCGAAAAUUUCAUAAAAAUGCGACUUAUUUGUUGGCAAGUAUGUAUGUUUCAUGGUUUGAAUGUUUUUUGGCAACUUUAAUCAUUUUACCAUAUAAAUAUGGAAUCAUCCAUUUGGCAGAGCCCGACCAUAUUUUCGAAGGAUUCGAGGAUCUGGAUAAUUAUCUCCAAUUAGAUGAGCUCAAUUUAAAAUCCAUUCCAGUUCUAAUAGCCUCAUUUAUGGAAUGGCAUUAUUUGGGAAUUGUGAAUUCCGCAUUUUCCUGUUUUUUACUCGAAAGAACAUUGGCUACUGUACUCUUUAAGUAG